AUGGAUCGCGUUACUUCGGAACCACCCUGCCGCAAGCUCGUCUCUGUGCGACGCAUCCCACUGAUCAAGCCUCUCGACUCCAGCGACACUCACGAGGUCGUUAAGGUUGAUGGCUGGCCGGUCGUUGUAGGCAAGGGCCAAUUUUCCGCCAACCAGCGAGUCUUGUACUUCGCAAUCGACUGCGUCCUGCCUUUGAAAGAUGAGCGCUACAAGCCCUACCGCUUCUCGCACUUCCUUGUCGAGCUGCAAGGACAGAAAGGCUGGGUUGUACAGACUGUCGAAUAUGAAGGCCACAUAUCGCAAGGAAUGGUGUUUCACCUCGAAGUGUUUCCAGAGUUCAUUCUUGCAGCGAACGAGAUUCGAGAAAGGUCAAUUUACAUCCGUGUCAACUCGGGCCAAAAUUUUGACGGGACGAUCAUUGCUGAGUCCCUUGAGAAGACUCUGAAGACUAUGGACUUCCAGAAAGACCUCGGAAUCAGAAAAUGGAUCACAUUCUAUCCACCUGACGGAGGAAUCAGCCUCGGGCGCUCACCAAGCUUCCUCCCCACAACCAAGUCAGAGCGCGUUCAGAAUAUCCAAGAUCUUUGGAAGACACAUGGCGAUACCGAAUUUCAGAUCACGGAGAUGCUAGACGGAAUGCCCAUGGUGUUCUACGACAUUUCUCGAUCCGACGACAAGUACUUGCAGUCGGAGCUACCUGGUGUGAUUUUGGACGAUGUGGCGGAGAACGGCGUCCGUCACCGUGUUAAAUAUGGCAUUAGCAUCGGAGACCAUGACUACCAGGAGACUGACGCCUCCAUCAGUUGGAACGCCGUAAGAGAGCAAGGAAUUACGGGCGAGUACAUUUAUGGAUUCCUCAGCAUAGGCCUGGCUGGGGUGCUCUGUGGCGAAAGUAUUUCAGGCAAUCCUCACAUGAUCGAGGGCCACCGUUUCUACGCCUACGGCGUGUGUGACGAAAAGUUCUCGGAAUGGAAGACAACUGACGACCAUGAUAACGAGUGGGACGGUAAGCUUAAGUCAUUGCAGCAGGUCCAGAGGUUUUCUAAACGAGUGAGGCUGUCAGCCUUUGCGAAAGACCUCGACGAGUUGAUGAAGAAGGCCCAAGGAGCGAAUUGUCUGUCGUACGAGACUAGGGCAAAGUAUCCGUCUCUGAAGCGGAAGGGUCUCGUGUUCAGGGCACUGGACGGGUCUUUCAGUUUCAAGGUCAUAGCGAACGACUGGCUGCUGGAUCAGACGGAGAAGCUUCGUUGCGUUGGCCAAGACAAGGUUGUCUGCCGGCCAGGUCCUCACGAGUGCGCUUGA